GGCGAGCAAUUUGAACUCAGCUGUGGUACAGGAGCGAUAGCUGGAAAAAUAUUUUGGAGAAAUCACCAUUACACAUCGAAUAGGAGGUGGAAUCUUUGUCUACACGAGAAAAAUCGGCUAAAUUUGUGUUUGGCCGGUUAAAAAACAUUUGAUUGACUCAAGCAGCUGAAAAAACACGAUGCAGAUGGAGGCAUCACAACAAGAUAUGUGCCAUGUGACAAAGCUUGUGAGCUGCCAGCCAGAGUACUUGCCAAUGACAUCACCAGUGUGUACCAGCACCCCUAAUGUGGAGCGAACAUGUCCCAAGCUUUUAGACAGCAUAGUUUCAUUCCCCAAAAUUGAUGACAGUGGGUUUGGUGGAACCCCUCACUUGUCCCCUCAUGAUUCUUCAUGCAUCAGCACAUAUUGCCACAGGAGGGACAAAGUGAAAUUUUCAUCCACUCCUCUAACUGAGUUUCCUCGAUUAAAAUUUCCUCAUUCAGCAUGCAGUAGUGACUGUCUAAAUGAAAGUGACAGUCCAUCAUUUUAUGCUGAAAGUGAAACAGAUUAUAGUCCUACAUCUUUCCAGGAGUCUAGUUACCAUGAAUAUGGAAAGCACACCACUGAACACUCCAAGGUUGAAGAAAAAUUCUAUGAGAUCUGGGAAGAAACUGAGCAUUUUGAAGAUGAAGCUUACCAUUCCAAUACAGCGCUAGAUGGCUCUAGCCAUCAUGCAAACUUUGUUGAAAGCUUUCGUGAUGCUGUGACUUUAAAACAUUGUCCCAAGAAAUUGAUUGGGAGGCGAAUAGGUGUAGAAGUAGUAGACAUUGUUGGUGAACUGCACUUCUCUGGUGUGGAUGUGAUCUCACUAUUAUUACCAUUUCUACAGCCAGAGGAUAUAUGCCGGAUAAGUCAUGUUUGCAACCUCUGGAGAAAGCUUUGUUUCCAGCAUGCAAAAGCCAGUGAGAUGCAUCACAAGUUUCUCACACAGCUAAUGAAUAAGGAUACAUCAGGCAAAGAGAAUGAAGUUAGCAAAGAUAUUGCGCGUCUUCAAAAGCGACGAGCAAUGACAGCAUCUUCAGGUCGACUUACAGAAAUCCAGCCUAUACAUCCUUUGCCUCAGCUAGGAGUUUCACCUUUAACUCACAUCUAUUCAUCCUCACCAUCCUUUUUGUAUGAACAGACAAGACGAACUUUACGAUGGGGAGAAAAUCUACGACAUUGUCCAAAAUGCCAUUCCGUAUCAAAGGUCUUACCAACCCAUGAUCGAGGGCAAUGCCUUAGUCCUCAGUGCAAAUAUGACUUUUGCAUACUCUGUUUAGCUCCAUUCCACUACCAAAAUCCCUGUGAACCGAUAGCAAUGAAAAAGACAAGAACAGACACUGUGGGCAGUAAAAAGAGCAAAAAGAAUUUACGAAGGUUGUGAUCUGGUCAAGGCAGCUAUCUAACGGAUGCUACAGCUGACUGCCACUGCUGCAGGCAAAGGAUGGAGCAUUUGGUUAAAAGUGAAUGUCAAAAACAUAUCUCAAAUUAAGCUCAGGACAUGAUUUCCAAGAGGCAGCUUCUUAUCUGUAAUGGACACUGUUAACAGGAAUAUGUCUGCAAUUGUGAAAAAGUGAUAUGGAAAAGUAAUUUGCAAAAAUAGAUCCAAGAUGAUGCUGGCAGCUUUAACAUAAGGAAGGGAGGCAAGGAUUAGUAGAACAAAGGUGCUUCACUUCAAACGUGUUCAUAUCUCUAGUCUUAUGCCAGUGCUAAAUGCAGUGGUAUAUCACAAACCAAAAAUGCUGGCUGAAGGUAUGUUUGAAAAAGGAGUCAUAAGACUAAUGAUAACAUAGUUGACAGGUACCAACUAUGAGUAUUCUGCAUUAAACAAUGUUUGAGCCUGAGAAUGUGAUUGCAUCAGGGUUCUCCUAGAGACAGUGACGUGUAAGAAAACGCCAAAUCAUAAUACUCUGCUGAGGAUCUCGAGGUCAUUUCUGUGUGUCAACUACCUCUAACUAGUUGUGAUGGUGGCGCUACCUUACUACUCUUAAGUAGCGACACUGUGGGAGAAACUUGUUUAUUACUCAUCAGUCUCAGAACUGCUUGCACAAGAUUUAUUAUAUUUAGAUGUGAGGCAUUUAUCUAGGAAUGCAUUUACAUCCUCAAUGUUUCUCACUAAAAGACUUUGGAUGUUAACAGAAAUGAAUUAGACACCCUCUGAUCAGUUUUUUUUUUUUUUUUUUUUUUUUUUUUUUUGCACAUUUGUUUGGAAACAAAACUGUUCUAGAAGUGCUUUUACUCAACUGUUUGUGAGCAAAUGUUUCAAUCAGUAUAAGUUGUUUGUAUGUUCUGCAUUUCUUUUAUGAUGCUUUUCCUAAUGUGUUCACAUGGAUGUUAUAUUAUAUCCACAGAUAAAAAGUAUUAUAUUUCAGGCAGCAAAGGCUAGACACAUUAGUCAUUCCACAGCUGAAAGUAUAUGACUAAAAAUAUUCCACCUUUAUGUGCAUAUUUUCAUGACUGCUCAAGAUUUUUAAAAGAUCUUUUAUGGCCAUGUGUUCAGUACAUGCACAAAGUUGUAAAUUAUAUAAUUUUACAAAGUGCCUAUAGAAUACUAAAAGAAAUUUUCCAAUAUUCAGAUUAUUACAAGUUGGUUAGCCAUCCCUUCUUCAUUUCCCUCAUACCUUAGUCAUUUUAAAAUAAUUAAAAAAAGCCAUCCUAAUAAGUGCUUCAUUUGGCAUUCCUUACAUGUUUGUAUCACCUAACUUGCCCUUUUUGUGCAAACCACGAAUAGAAUAGCAGUCCUCAUUUGCCACUGCCAACUAAAACUUAUCACCUGUCUCAUCAGCAACAGAUUCCAUUUAUUUAGACUAAUUAUAACUAGUAGCUCCUGAAACAUUCCACAAUUGCUGUUAAAUAUCUGCAAGGGUACCUAUGUCAAAGCAUGAGUUUAGACCUCUGGGCCUACACAGUUAAAGCAUACUGAGUAUGGAUCAUUAUUUGGCUGUGGUCUGAUACUUGUAGGAUCCCUCAAAUGAAUAUUAUAAACAUAAAAACAAAAAUGUUCAGUAUUUACAGAAAGCUAGCUUCUUGUAGUGCAGACCAGGCUUAAACUUACAAUGAAAUUCUUUAGAACUAUUUAAUAACUUCUAGGCAGUUUCCUGUUUAUGGUGCGAAAAUAACCAUAAAAAUGAAAAGAGAUUUUUUAUAAUUUUUCAAUUCCUACUCCCCUCCAAUAAAGAAAAUUUUACAUGCAGGUUCUUAGGAUAUUGAACUAAAUAAAAGGGUUUUGAAAAGUUUUUAAUAGAACAUUUUAUGCUCCUCCCCUUCCCCCAAAAUUUACUCAGUAAUGCUAUGUAAAAUGCAUGUGUUGGUACAAUUGUCGUCAGAUUCCUGACAUAUGUACAAAACUUGAUUGUAACUUCAUGCUGAAAUUUUUAAAAGAAAAAAAUUACUGAGUAACAAGAUCCAAAACUCUUAAUUUUAACAUCUAUUUCCCUCUGAACUAAUAUACUUUAAUCAUAGUGUCACGCUGUCACACUGAAUGGCAUAACAGGUAAGAGUAAAAGUGUUUGCCAAAGUAAAUUUUCCCAAACUUAGCAUGCUCUAAGAUUACAUUUCUUAAAGGAAUAUUUUAAAGUAAAUUUCUAAAGAAGUAACAUAUUUAUUGAAAUAGCUUCAUUAUAUAUAAUGUGCAUGAUUUUUAUACUUUAAACAUGACAUCAUCCUUGUGCACAUAGUUUAAGACAAAACAGGUACAGAUGUUUUGCAUGAAUUUUUAAUGUACCUGUGUUUCCAAUGAGAGUUGUUUUAAAUACUAAAUUAUAUUACUUAUGAAAGGUGUCAUUUCUUAUGAAUGAUGAUGAUGAAUGGUUGCAUGAUAAUGAGGGGCGGACAGUUGCAGGUAAGUCCUUUUUUAAAAUAGUUGGUUUUGUGAAGAUCAUUUUGUUAUAAGACCUGCAGCACAUGUUUAAAUAUUCAAGUGUCUGACAAAUUGCAUCGACAUGUUUUUAAGACUGGCUCCUGACUGUUCUUUUUUAAUGUCAUCAAUUAAAGUUGAAUUAACUGGACUUUUUCUUACAGAAACCAUUUAGAAACUACCGGUCUUAAAUUUAUCCUAUCAUUACAUUUGAAAUUACAGCAUUGCAAGCCAUCCUGAAAAUGCUUAAUGAACAUGCCUAUUCUGAAUUUCUGUUUUUCAAUACUUGUGUUGUUCUUUGUAUUAAAACAUCCUGUCAAAAAA